AUGGUCCGUACAAGGGACAUGGCUAGGGUCCGACUAAAUUUACUCCUUGAGAUAAUGCCCAACGAAAUUGUACAGAUGAUCAUUGAGCACUGCCCGCUCGAGGACCAUGUCACCCUUCUUCGAACAAGUAUAUCGUUCUGGAUCGUUGCAAACCGUUUGCUGUAUCAUCGUAUGAAAGGCCAAGUUGUGACCGCCAAUAACUCUGAGGAAUUCCACUGCCAGGUCAAUAUUGCCAGCAACGGGGACUGGGGACGUCUAAACAGUGAAUACGAAGAUAUUGCGAGGGACCCGAUUCUCAAUCUCCCUGCAACGGACAACGCUGACACCUUGGCUCGCUGUCUUAAUGCACGGAUGGAUCCCAAUGCACAUGUCCUUAGCGGAGAUACAAUGCUAACCUGUGCAGAUGACGCUUACGGCCGCAAUGCAGUCGAGAUCGCUGUUACCAGUGGACAGGAGGCUGCACUGCAUCUCCUGCUGCUGGCUGGUGCAGACCCCACGAUACGAUGUGCCUUCAACCAGAUUGUCAGCGUGUUCUCUGUGACGACCGUCGAACUAGCUCUUCAUUGCGGAGCCGACAUAAACGCCGUCGACCCAGACACCGGAUAUUCGACUGCACACUGCGCGGCAGAGAAUACGCGAUACCGAAUCAUCUCAUCUUUAUCGUCAUUCCUUCCUCUCAACGGCCUGGAUAUAGACGGAUACACGCCUCUGCAUACCGCGAUCUACAAAGAAAACGAGAACGCGAUCCGAGACCUCCUCAAUGCCAACGUGGACGUCACUGCUAUCCCAGAAAAUGGCCAAACAGUCCUCCACAUGGCGUGCAAGAGGGCCAUGUUGCCCCUAAUUGAGGGAUUGCUCGAACGCGGCGCUCCAUUGAAUGUCCGCUACCACGAGGGAACCGAACUCCAUACUCUUGUCCGCGGAGCGAUAAGUCGCCUCCAGAAUUACUUGUAUUCUCCAGAAUACCCCCAUUCACCUAAGUCAAGCUCGCUGGAAGGCAUUGAAUCGCACGCUAUUACCGUAGCCUCGUUGCUCAUACGGUACGGGGCGGAUGUAGAAGAACGAGACGAAUUGAAUCGAACUCCUGCUUUGAUGGCGGCGCAGUCUCAAUUUUAUAAACUUGAAGAUACUCUCAAUAAUGCUAUGGUAUUUUAA